UUUCCCUAUUUAGAAACCUUUAGGCAAAGGAGGGCUUAUACUUUGGUGGCUCUCUUAAGUGGAGUGAAUCUGAAGAGAUACAUACAGAGAAGAUGAUGAACUGGAGAAGGGAGAGUGGGUCAUUCUCUUCUUGGCUACUAAUUCUGGUGGUGCUAUUUGCUCUGAGGGGAAUCCAGACAGGCCACCACAAGAAUGAGAUAAAACACAUUGCAGUGGGCACAUCCAAAACUCUCUUGGACCUCACUGUUGUUGCCCUCAUCGAUGACAUUUGGUGGGCUUCCUAUUUCAAAUCAAAUCAACACAUGGUGUUCAAGGCAGACUGGAUCUCUGAGGUCCUGGGAUCGAACUUAAUUGAGGAAAUGGAACAUUUGCUAAUAAACCACAAGGAAGAUUUCCAGUUUGUCUUUCAUUACUUGACAAGAAAUGACACUGAGACAGAAGGAAAUCAUACACUGCAGAUUCAGUUAGAUUGUGAAUUAGAUGGAGAUAUCCAAUUGAGCAGUCAUGUAAAGUAUGCCUUUGAUGGAGAAGAUUUGAUCAAGGUAGAUGAGUUAGAAGGACAAUGGGUGGUUCUGAACCCUAAGGCUCGUAACUUCAAAUUGAUUGUGAACAGCCCUUUCUGGACCGAAGUAAGAAAACGUUACAUUAAGAGAUAUUGUGUUGGAGCAAUGCAGAAAAUUAUUGGGAAUUCAAACAUGAAAAAGAACGAAUCACCUGAGGUGUAUGUAUCCCAGCAAGAUUACCCUGAUGGUACUACUAAGCUUUCCUGUACAGCUACAGGCUUCUACCCACAACCCAUUCUGUUGCACUGGAAGAAGGGUACUGAUGGUGCUAUAUGGGGGAAAGAGAGCUCUAGUGGCACCCUGCCUAAUUCCGAUGACACCUUCUAUCUCCGAAUCUCCCUGGAGAUCCAGCCGGGAGACUCUGUAACAGAUUAUGCUUGUAUAGUAGAGCACAGUGAGCUGGAGAGACCAGUUGUGUAUCCUGUCCCUAAGAAGCCCUACAAGAAGAAUUUUUGGGUUGUUGCCCUGAGCAUCCUUCUAGGAGUCAUUCUGACAGUUGGUUGUCUUGUGGUCUUCAUCCAGUGGAAGAAGAGAAAGUCAGGAAUGUAUUGUUAGGUGAGAGGGGAAGGGAUAGGAAGAAGAGAACACAAAAGAAUAAAAUAAAGUGUUAUUCUGAGGUCGAUGUUAAUAAUUGUAUACUUGAUGAAAAGAAAUCCCAAAAUAUAGAAUCUCAGAGUAGGAAGGCACUUUGAAUGCCAUUCAAACCCUUAAAAGAACAUAAUUUCUCUGUCUAAUAUUCCCAACAAAUGAUCAUAUAUCCUGGACUGAAGACUUCAAGUGACGAGGAGGUCACAGCCUUAAUUUUUUUUUUACUGCUAUAUUUCUUGGAAAGGAAGCCUGGCUUUGUGGAUGGAGAAUACCGGGGGUCAGGUCCAACUUUUGACACAAAUUGGUUGUAUGUUCCUGGGCAAAUGACUUAACUUCUCCAUAGCUUAGGCUAGUCUCUAGUACUGAAAGAUCGAGAGAAGAUGUUAACUUCCAUUGGUAGAGAGAGUUUUCUUA